GGUAUCAUCUAUAAAAGUGUGUGUAGGGAAGAGGAGAGACUCCAACUCCAAUACCCACACGAGUGGUUCUCCAUUGAACCCUGUGCUUGCCAUAACCAUUUGUCUCCACCUAGACAGAGAAAGAGGGAGGGAGAAGAUUUCUUCUUGACCUCCUUUUUUUUUUCUCUCUCUUACAUUCACAUUUACAAAGUUUUAAAGCUCCUUGAUCUUGUUUGCUUCUCGAUAGCAUCCUUGCAGCCCUCAGCUGGUCAUUUUGGGGCUCAUUGUGGAACAGGUCUUAGAAUGGCUGCAAGAGAUGACAUGGGGCUCUUCUCUGGAGGGAGAGAAGGCUGGGAGAGAACAAGGGGCCAUGAGGGCACUGAGGAUGAAGAAGAAGUUGGUGAUGGUAGUGAUAGCCAUCAAAGUGAGCAGAAGAAUCGGCAGCCGAAGCUAUGUGUUAGGGGGCACUGGAGGCCAGCUGAGGAUGCUAAGCUCAGAGAGCUUGUCUCCAAGCAUGGUCCCCAGAACUGGAACUUGAUUGCUGAGAAACUAGAAGGAAGAUCAGGGAAGAGUUGCAGGCUGAGAUGGUUCAACCAGCUCGAUCCAAGGAUCAACAGGAAGACAUUCAGCGAGGAGGAAGAGGAGAGGCUUUUGGCUGCCCACAGGAUGUAUGGCAACAAAUGGGCAUUGAUUGCCAGGCUCUUCCCGGGGAGGACAGACAAUGCUGUCAAGAACCAUUGGCAUGUCAUCAUGGCCAGGAAGCAGAGGGAGCAGAGCAAUGCUUAUAGGAGAAGAAAGCCAUUUCUGGCUUCUUCUUCUCCCUCUCCCCUCCUCUCUCACGCCCUUCUCCCCAGUAGCAAAGGUGUCAGGACCAGGAACAACACCAACGCAUGCAGUGCCGACUCUGCCAUCACCAGCACCAGAGAUGAGUCAGCCUCCACUAGCACAGACCUCUCUCUCAGUUCCUUCACCAGCAGCACUGUCCCUAUCUAUUCCAUGACCAGCGGGUUCGAUGAAAAGGCCUCCACUGCAAGGAAGAGGUUCUUCAACAAGUUUGGUGAAUCUGAUGAUAGUUUUCUCCCCAGCGGCCCUCCAAUGGUGUUGGUCCUUGGUUUUGACCAGCCAUCUCCUGAGGCUUCAGCCAAUCAACCAGUGGCCCACCAAGUCAGCAAUGCUUUGCCUCAUGGUGAACCACAACAUGGGAGGAAGAGAAUAAUGAUGCCCUUCAUUGAUUUCCUAGGUGUUGGAGCAACAUAGAAGGUAGGGUAGGAGUAUUAAAUGCACAAGUAAAACCCUAGAGGGCGGUGGUAGAAGAAGAAGAAGAGGUUUACAGGGAUAAGGUUGGAGCAAACCAGUUGACAAAGAUUACAACUAAGAGCCUGAUUAUGAUACUAAAGGUUUUAGUGGAACUGUAUCUCUUCUUCCUUGUUGAAACUUAGAUGGAGAAUGGAUAUUUUCAUCUA